AUGCUGCGCAAACUUCCCCGCCUGUUUCUCCUGUUGGCGCUGGGCAACGUCGGUGCCUCUUGUUCCAUUGUCCCGACUCUGGCCGGCUGCUGGAUUAAUGAACUGAAUUCGAUGGCGAACAUCAUGAUGAACGAGGACGGGACCCUGACAGGCACCUACAAAUCCGCAGUGUCCAGCGUUAGGCAGCAGGUUGAAGGAGAUCUAAUCGGAUUCCAGGUCAAUAUCGAGCAGCCGACCUUUGGGUUUGUGGUAAAGUGGACCUCAGAUUCGGUCCGGGGGAGUGUCACAGUGUGGACCGGACAGAUGUUUGUCAUAAAUGGAAACGAUACUUUGAUGAGCAUGUGGUUACUCCGAUCAAAUUCCCCCGUCGACAGCAACUGGGGGGCGACCCGGACGGGGACGGACACAUUCACACGUUGUUAA